AGUUGUCCUUAAGGCCGAUUUAGGGUUCUCCGUUUUCCAAACUACGGACACAUGGGAACGCCCUCGUCUGUAAAAACUCCAACUUAAAUUGUUGACAUGAAAAAGUAUUUUACGUUUUUAAGAAUUGAAAAUAUAAGUUAUUGAUAUUGAAUAAAAAAAUGUAAGUCGCUCCAGCAAAAAUGUAAAUUUGUACGAUUCAACGGCAUUUAGUAAGUCAACACAAAAUACAUAAUUCAGUUGGCAUGCACAACAAGUGCAAAAGAUCUGAUAACUCGUGUGUCUUUGUUGUGAAAUGCGGGAAAGCCAACUCCAAGUUGAAGAUAAUCAUAUCCCGCAUGCUGUUUGCAGCGGAGCUGUAUGGAGCACACUACAAUUGGCCCACACAGCUGGGAACAGAGUCUCGUGAGGUAAGGCAUUACUGGUACUCUACCUGGCCUGACCACCAGACCCCAGAAUGUUCAGCCCCUCUGCUGCGAUUGGUGGAGGAGGUGGAGGACUACAAAAAGUCCCUCCCACACAACCCUGGACCAAUCAUCGUCCACUGCAGUGCAGGCAUUGGUAGAACGGGCUGCUUCAUCGCCAGCUGUAUCGGUUGUCAACAGCUUCGAUACUCCAGGCAGGUGGACAUACUAAGAAUGGUAUGCAGUCUACGUCUGGACAGGGGUGGUAUGGUCCAGACUACUGAGCAGUACCAGUUCCUGUAUGCCACCCUGGCUCAGUACAGCACACAGCUGGAGAUGCAACCCGCCAGACCGCAGGAGGACCAAGAGAACCCGGAGAGCCAGGGGAACAAGGAGAGCCAGGGGAACAAGGAGAGCCAGGGGAACAAGGACAACAAGGAGAAGAGAGAGCAGAAGCAAGGGAGAAGACCGGGAGAACCUGGUCAUCAGGUCCAGUGCUGACAGCACAGCUUCAGAAACAGUAUGACAUCAUCGCACCACGCAGACGUCUGGAGCACUGCUCAGCGUGCGGCACAGUGAUCAGCUAUUCUACUGCCCAAGUCCCACUUCUCAUAAGGUUAUCUGUUAUCAAUGUUCUUUUCUGAAGCAUACAUAAGGACAUUGGGACAAAUGUAUAUUUAUCCUCAUGGAUAUGUUAAUUAAAUUGUAAUUUGUGACAUUA